AAGAUGAAUUACUUUAUUUGACAAAAAUAUCCGGUUCAGUAUACAAUAUAUAACGGCGGUUCAGUCACCCUGAGGAGCGCGAAAAUUAAAAAUUAUCGCAGUAGCUCGUCUGAUAACCAACAAUAACACAUAUCGCGCCCGGUUUGACGUCAAUUCUUAAACUUUCCGCGAUGUUUCCGCGCUCGAAUAAGUACAUACUUAUAAGUAUGCGUAAUAAAGAGCGAACCGGAGACGACGCCUCGGGCCACCUGCUAAUAUAUCGUGUUUGUCUGCGGGGGCCUGUACUAUAUGUGUAUAUACAUAUUUAUACACCUAUAUACAGCCCACGUCUGAUGAUCGCGGUCGGGGUAGAGGUAGAGCGCGAGAGAGCGAUCGAGCGACGGAGCGCAUAGAAAGCGCGACGAGGAGGCAAGGCAAUAAGGAACGCGCGGUGGCGGCGCGCAGAGACAGAGCAGAGCGAAGAGCAGCUGGAGAGUAAGUAGGCGCGCGCGCGACGAGCAGCGCCUAGGAUUUCACGGGCAAAUCUCGCGGAUAAGUAUAGGUUUACACGUACGCGACCACCAGAGGCGGCCGUCACGAGUGUCUCUCUGAAUCUCAUCUGUUAAUAACUCGGGAGUGCAGAGUCGAACGGAUCAACAUCGGGAGCUUCACCUACUUGCUGAAGAAUCGCAUACGAGAAUCGAUCAAAAUGCUGAGCCUCUGCCGGCAGUCGUCGUUCCUCGCGAACGCGCAAAAAAUAAGUACAAGAUGCCUGGGAACCAUUGUGCCCGUUCCAAAGCCAAAGGAGUUUCCUUUGGAAAACGAGCCCAUUCUGACUUACAAAAAAGGCAGCAAAGAGCGAGCGGAGUUGGAAAAGGCUUUGGAUAAGAUGGCUGGUGAAUGUGAAGAAAUCCCAAUUGUUAUUGGUGGCAAGGAAAUUAAAUCAGAUAUUGUUAAAUAUCAAACUAUGCCACAUAACCAUCAACAUAAAAUUGCUAAGUACUACUAUGCAACGCCAGACUUACUUAAGAAAGCUAUUGAUGUUUCUGUAAAAACACAGAGGGAAUGGGAAAAAGUUCCUUUUGAGAAGCGUUUGGAUAUUUGGUUGAAAGCAGCUGACUUGAUGGCAACAAAGUACAGGCAGCAAUUGAAUGCAUCAACUAUGCUUGGUCAGGGAAAAACUGCCAUCCAAGCUGAAAUUGACAGUGCUGCAGAACUCAUUGAUUUCUUCAAGAUGCAUGGUUAUUUUGUAAAAGAAGCUUUGAAAUACAAACCCAUAUCACCAAAUAAGGAAACUUUGAAUUCCAUGAGGUAUCGAGGAAUGGAUGGAUUUGUAGCUGCUGUUUCACCGUUUAACUUCACUGCCAUUGGUGGUAACCUUAGCUAUACUCCAGCUCUGAUGGGAAAUUCAGUACUAUGGAAGCCAUCUGAUACCGCCGUGUUAUCUAACUGGUGGAUAUAUAAGAUUUGCAAAGAAGCUGGAGUACCUGACGGAGUUGUUAAUUUCGUUCCUGCUCAUGGUCCAGAUUUUGGAGAUACUAUCACUGCCUCACCAUAUCUUUCUGGAAUUAACUUUACUGGUUCGGUACCGACUUUCAAUCGCCUUUGGACUCAAGUUGGAAAGAACAUAAACAUAUACAAAAACUAUCCAAAAUUGAUUGGAGAGUGCGGCGGUAAAAACUUCCACUUUGUGCAUCCUAGCGCUGAUGUUGAAUCGGUAGUAUCAGGUACAAUUAGAAGUUCUUUCGAAUACAAUGGUCAAAAAUGCUCAGCGUGCAGUCGAAUGUAUGUUCCUGAGUCACUAUGGAGUAAGAUCAAAGCUGGGCUUUUAUCUACUCGUGACCAAUUGAAGAUGGGAGACCCAAGAGAUUUUUCUGUAUUCCUUGGAGCAGUAAUCGAUGCUACAGCUUUUAAGAGAAUUACGGGUUACAUUGAGCAUGCCAAGAAAUCUCCAGAUCUUGAGAUUAUUGGUGGAGGUGGCUAUGACAACUCUCGCGGCUACUUUAUCGAACCCACCAUUGUACAAACAAAAAAUCCUAAAGAUAAGAUAAUGACUGAAGAAAUUUUUGGACCUGUAUUAACGAUUUAUGUCUACAAAGACACGAAUCUUGACGAAACAAUGAAAUUAGUUGAAUCCUCUACACCUUACGCUUUAACUGGAGCAAUAUUUUCGCAAGACGAGAAAUGGGCAAUACACGCUCUGGAAGAAUUUAGAUAUGCUGCUGGAAACUUUUAUGUGAACGAUAAAUCGACGGGAUCAGUUGUAGGCCAGCAACCUUUCGGUGGCGGUCGUAUGUCCGGAACGAACGAUAAGGCUGGAGGUCCUCAUUACGCCUUGAGAUGGGCAUCUCCUCAAUCCAUCAAGGAAACUUUCGUACCCCUUAGAGAAUACGACUACGAAUAUAUGCGUUCGUAAAUGUUUAUAACUGGAGAAGAAAUAAGAAUUUAUUCAACCGCAGUAGAAUUAUUUGACGUUUGAGUGGACCAUCGGGCAUGCUAGAAUUCUUUUUUGUAAUUUAAUGCAUUUUUAAUACAACGAGGGAGUCUCCACUUUGACAGUAUAACUGCAAUGCAGACUCAAAGUCUGAUUUUAUACUGAUUUCGGUAUUGAACCUACUGAUCUGAUUUUUAGAAUAUUUCAAGUUCCUUGUAAACGCCAAACGUAUUACGCCUUUGUGUAUUUUCUCAGUAAAAAGGAAAGAAAAAACGUAAAAGAGAUCGCAGGUGAGGGUCGAAGGUAUGCAAAGGUUUUUCUACAGUCGUGAUACAAGAUCCAAUAAAAUACAAAAGUAUGAUUGUAAGCUUUGAUCAUGUAUAACUUGUAGCGCAUAGACAUAGAUUUUCCAGUCAUUAAUCAGGGUGAAAUGUCAUAGAUCUUUCAGCAAUUAGCCGAACUUUUUUAUGUAUUGUUUUUACAAUGAUUAUGACAAAUAAAAUACGAUAUUGUUAUGCCAUACGUGUAUGGCACACGCGCCCGCUGGCGAGCUCUGUUACACUGUAAUGUUUGUAAAAUUGUGUACAAAGGACAACCGUAUUUAAUAUUUUUAAAAAAGAUGUGAAACCCAGUUUUAACCUCAUCUCUCAGUAUACCCCUGUAAGAAAUUUCGUACUACGAUAAAGAAUCAUAUUACAACUUAUACCGUGGCUAUUGUGAUGUAAUUUAUUUUAAUUAUAUAUUAAAUAUUCAUUGAAAGAUUGCAGAAAUUCAUUUGCAUUGUGUAUAGUUACUUUCCUCUUUAACGAGUCAGCGUCACAUUACAUUCGCUCUAAACUUAUAUGAGUAUGUUUGAUUUUUGAUUCACGCAAUCAAUGACGAUUAAAUAAAACAUAGUUUGAAAAAUCA